UACUGCUGUACCGGUAUGCUGUGUAUUCACAUGUGAUAUUUAUUUUUCAGAUUUGUCUUUAGAAUACCGGUAUCCUUCAUUAAUUCAAUCUUGUUUAUACCGUACCAUGAGUCUAUCAAAUCAGCAAAAACUUGGAAUCAUGCUAUGGGCAAAGCGCCGCCGUGAAAGAGAAAACAAUACCUGUACCGGUACACGAAAUUCAAGGCGAUGGUGGGUGCACCCCAUCUUGAGAAAACGAGAGGAAGCUGGUGAAUUUCAUGCACUGGUACAGGAAUUACGGUUGCAGCGACCUGCAUAUUUCAAGGAAUAUUUUAGAAUGUCGACAAAAGAGUUUGACAAGUUACUUGGAAUUGUUGGUCCAAAAAUAGAAAAAUUAACGACGACGUACAGAAGGCCAAUUUCCGCUGCAGAGCGAUUGGCUGUAACAUUGAGAUUCUUGGCAACUGGAGACUCUUAUCGGACCAUUGCCAAUAGUUAUCGUUUAGGGAUUUCCACCGUUUCCCUCAUUGUACCAGAUACAUGCAGAGCCAUUUGGGACACACUCCAACCAAUGGUUUUGCAAUGCCCAUCCACCCAAGCUGCAUGGACAACAAUUGGGAAUGACUUUGAAGCGAGGUGGCAAUUCCCGAAUUGUUUAGGUGCCAUUGAUGGCAAACAUGUCAUCAUUCAAGCCCCAAACAAUUCGGGAUCCAUGUUUUUUAAUUAUAAAAAGACGCACAGCAUUGUGUUGAUGGCUGUGGUGGAUGCAAAUUAUAAAUUUGUGGCAGUCGACGUUGGAGGGUAUGGGAGGAGCAGUGAUGGGGGUAUAUUUGCCGACUCCUGUUUUGGCAGAAGAUUGGCCAAUGGUACCCUCAAUCUUCCUAAUCCUAGGCCAUUGGGAAGGACGAGUCAUGGAGACUGCACCCCAUUUGUAUUUGUAGCUGAUGAGGCAUUCCCUUUGAAGGAAAAUAUUAUGAGACCAUAUGGUGGGAACAACCUGAACUCAAAACAGAAAAUAUACAACUACAGGUUGUCAGGGCUCGCCGAAUGGUAG